UUCUUUCUCUAGCAAUGUCUUCUCAUUAUCCUUAUAAUUCCUCUGAUUCUUCUCCUAAUCCUCUAUUUCCCUCUAUCUAUUCUAAAUCAUCUGUAUUCUUAGAGACCCCUAUCAUCACUAAUGAUCCAAUUGUAGUGAAGUCCACUACAAGUGGUACCAUAGUUUUUCCGGUCCUUGGGAAUUUUUCCAUGGCGGAGCUUCAAGAAGGUACACUAUUACAACUUGAAGCCUUGAAAAAAGAAGGUAAAACAAGAUCUGAAUUAGAAAAUUGUUGUCGUCUGUAUCGAUUUCAUUUUAAAGAAAACCACUCUCCAACUAGAGAAUAUUAUCUUCAGAAGUUUUCAUGGCUGAUGACCAGGGAUUUGAAGAAGUUGAGAUUGAUCCUUUUCAUUAAGGGUACCACAUCAAUUCCUCUUGCCAUCGAAGAAGAAGAUGAUUCUCUGGAGGAGUUGAUUCCUUCAUUUUUAUUCGAUGAAGAGAAUGAUACCACCACCGACGUGGUCAAAUCAAUUUCUUAUGUUCUCAAUGAACAAGAAAAUAAUAAUUCAACCACAGCUCCGUGUUUCCAAUUUGAAGAAGUUGUCGAAUCUGUCGUGAAUUAUUUGGGAAAAGUUAAAUUGAAGAAGCAGAUGAAGUUGGGUGAGUGUUUAAACAUUAUUCUCAAUUCUUCUUGUAGCUUAUUCGAUCGUGGUAAAAAUAAAUUGAAACUUGAUUUUAUACUAGGGUUUCCUUAUUACAUCGGUUUGCAAUUUUUGGAUAGAUUGUGUAAAGAAAUUGUUCAAAAGCUUAUUUCUAACAGUGGGUAUCAAUCAGGUAGUUUGUGUAAUGAUUCAAUCGAUUGUAUGCUAGAUAAUAGGGGUUCUAUCACUACUGAUUGGUGUAUGUUUGAUAAAAUGAUUGAGAGUGAAGGUUGAGAUUCGAGUGGUAGUAGAGAUUAUUCUUCUCAUAGGAUAUUCGAUCGCGGAAAAGGAUGGAAACUCAUUAAAGAGUAUACUUCAAUUCUGAUAAUAAAUCUUGUGAUGACGAUGUGGGUUUUCAAGUUAGAAGGGAAGAUGAAAACAUGUUUUCUGGAUUAUCCAGAGGGAAAGCCCUUCUUUACAUGCCCAGGAUUGAUUAAUGAUGCUUGUCUUCAAUUUGAGAAGGAAGAAUAUAUGAAGAAUUUCCAGAGAAUGGUCUCUUCCUCAACAGUGGAGAUUUAUUAGGAAGUGUUUCAAGGUGGUGGGUUCUUGUUUGGUACAAACAACAAGUUACUCAUGAAGAGGAGUUUUCGUCUUAAUUUUCUAGUUUGGUCAUUCGAAAAUAUUCAGUCCACCAUUCAAAUUCCUUCAUCGGGUAGAGCUCAGAGAAGUUAUCCUCACCAACUUAAUUUGGUUUCAACUCAAGAAGAAUUUUCUGAGCAUCUGGGAAACUCGAAUAUGUUGCUUCCUACAAAUAUCAAAUGGUCCGGUAAGAAAUGGUACCAGUGGUGAUGAUCCCAUGUUCUGCGAUGACAUGCUGCAACAAGCUAUUGUUCUAUGGAAGAUGUUGGUGCUGCAAGUGACCAAGCAGAGUGCGCUUGGUAGUGGUUAUAUAUUGCUUGACACUGAGUUACAACUUGGAGUACCUAGCUCUAGGGAUUGUGGAGGUAAUAGAUGGUGUUCGGGACGGGAGCGGUUCCUUGUAAGAGUGGUUCGUAUUUGUACUCAGCUGGAAGUUGCAGUUAUGAGGUUGCUUUCACAAUGAUUAAGACAUUUCUGAACUAUGCUCUAAUAGGUAUUCUCAACUGGGUAGAAGCUCAACACCACAAGCCUGGAUACUGUCAGUUAUUAGGUUUGUGUACUCGAAAAGAAAGAUAUUAUAAAGGAGUGGGAUUCUACAAAAGAAGAGUGGAAAGCAGGGGGAUGCUUGUAAUGACUAAUAGUGGGAAAAAUAGAUGCUAUGAGUUGUUCACUCAAACAUGCAUGUUAGUGGUUGAUUACAAUAGUUGGAGUAUGUCAAGUUUUUCGAGUGUAUUGACAACAGAUUAUCUCUUUCCUUGGUAUUUUUGUGUGUUUAGAGGUUUUGCAUACAAGGAUAAGUUUGAGAAGAUUCUUAUAGCAGUGGUAAUGCAACAGAUCGACAUAGAUAGAGCACAGGAUACUGUCUCACCUUAUAGGACAGUGAAGACUGAUCGAGACACAUAACUCUAUGAUUGCUGGUAAUAUCGAUCAGUCAUUAUGGUGUGUGAGAAGUGAUUGUAUUGACUAGGAGCUGGAAGUGGGUAGCUGGAAAGUACAUGGGCUGCAACCGUAUUCACACCUUUUAUCUUGUAACCAACUCUACAAACUGUUGAAGAUCUCUGCUGCUGACAGCACCAUACUAGUACAAAGGGGUGAAGUUCUGUAUUGGGUGUUAAAUUUUUUUAACUUCGUCAGUCCCACCAGGAUCAUUAUAGCCAAACUCGAAGUUUUUGUUGCAGCAACCAUACACAUGGGUCAAGCUGUAGAUAAGAGAAUUGAGUUACUUGUCUGCAGUGAAGUAGUUACCCUCUUAACAGCGGGAAUAUGUUUGCGGCAACAACUCCUACACAUGCAUGGUUAUUACAUGGAAUUAGACAUGAAAAUUCAUGUUCAAGCCUCAAUCGGUAAUGAAGAAGGUAUGUUCACAGGAGCUUCUACAGUCCAUUGCGCUGCCAUUUUUUAUGAUAAUUGCUACUACAAUGGAACCAUGACCAGGAUUGGUCCCUGCAGCUCAUUGUUAAGGUAUCCAUGGGUUGUGAGCUUCGUCUUAAAAUUUGCCAGGGUCGCAUUCCCGUUUGUUAUUGAAUUCGAGAAGCAACUACAACAACUGUGUUUUCCAUUAGCCGAGCUCCACUCUCAAUCCUUUACAGCCAGGCUCAUUUCAUACUUUCCAACCUUGUGGACAAGGAUGAUUUGGAGAGGUGGGUAUUUGUCAUGUCCCUGGGGUAGGAUACAAGGGGUAACUCUGGUAUUUUAUUAUUAUUGUAAGGGUAGAUUAUGUACUCGUAUGUUAAGGGUAAUGUCCGGCUAUAUUAGCCAGAAGAGCUGUAGUUGGGAGUUAUGAAUGGAUAAUGUAAAAACUUAUCUUCUUCUCUAAUUGCUUCUGCAACUUCUUUCUGGA